AAUUUGCUUGCCGAUCCAGCUGAAAACUGAAAACACCACAUUUUUUCGACGAGUAGAAAUUAAUUAUUUGUUUUUCAAUUAUCAGCUCCAAUUGAUCGUGAAAUGCUGUGCACUUUUCGUGCUUGUCUUUUCCAAAUCUACCGACAGUAAAGAAAUUAGAAGCUAAAAUGUCUCCAAAGAAGAGGAAGAAUUCUGACGUUUGUAAAGUAUUCUUGUGUCCUCACGAUGGUUGUGAGAAAAAGUUCAAUAGGCCAUACAGAUUGAGACAGCACGUCUCCGCUGCCCACAUCGGACAGAAAGAAUUUUCUUGUCCGGAAUCAGGCUGUCAAAAGGUUUAUGCUAGCAAGUAUAAGUUGCAUUUGCAUCUGAGAAAUCAUCACAAGUGUUCAGAAUUGCUGAGUGAGAAAGAGCCACUUGACUUAACAGUAAAAGACAACGAUCCUCUGACAGUGAUUGAUCCAAAUCAAAAAUCAAAUGCCCAGCAUGAUGCCUCCAAGUCAAAUUCUCUGUUGUUCAAGAAAAUGAAAAAAAUCAAGUGUCAACAUUCCACCUGCCAGAAAAUGUAUGCCAACAAACACAGCAUGUUGAAGCAUUACCGAAAUUUCCAUUUGAAAGGAAAAGGCCUGCAAUACUUUUGUCAAGAUUGUAAUUCUGCAUUCAGGACUCGCACUGGCAUUGAAGACCAUUGGAAUUCCCAUUUGGGAUUGAAGCCAUACAAGUGUGAAAUUUGUUUAAAAUUGUUCAGCAGUCGAAGGCUGCUUACAAAGCACAAACCAUUCCACAAUAAACUGAAGUGCCCUCAUCCAAAUUGUGACAGUACAUACGGUGGAAAAGAAUUGCUAAAAUACCAUUAUAUUCAGUGCCACCCAAAUGCUGGCAAUGUUGCUUGUGACCAAUGUGGGCUGCAGUUCCAGAAUAAAUUAGAUCUUAUUCGGCACAUCAAAGGACAGCAUUUCCCUACAUCUAAAUUCCCAGGACUUCAUCAAUGCAUGCAUUGCACAAGAGUUUACCAAUAUAAAAGAAAUUUGGUGCAUCACAUCAAUGUGCGACACAAUUUCCUCCGCAUUCCUUGUUCUAUGUGUGAUAAAACUUUCUCAGCCAUACAAACUUUAAAGAAGCAUUUAAAAAUCCACGAGCCAGGGUACAGCUCUAAUCGAACCUAUCCCGUGGGAAGUGAAAGGAAGAGAAGAAAAGAUUUGGGUGUCAGGAGGAACAGCAUUGCAAAGUUACUUGCUGGAGCGGAACCAGGCGAACCAGCUAUUAACAAUAAUUAGAUUAUACAAUUAAAAAAAAUUAACUUAAAUUACACGGCACCUUAUAUCAAAUUCAUCCUAGGUCAAAAUCGUCAAGCUAAACAGAAUUGUUAGCUUUAAUCUAGCACUUUUACCCAACUUUGGAACAGUAGAAAAAUAUUUAUUUUAAUAUUUUGGAACUAAAUUGUGUAUAUUUUUUUUAAAAGAAGUGUUUUAGGAAAAUAAGCAAUUUUUGAAUGU